AUGGCGGCGGAGCGGGGAGCCCGGCGACUCCUCAGCACCUCCUCCUUCUGGCUCUGCUGCCUGCUGCUGCUCGGGCGCCCGGCGCCCGCCGCGGCAGCCAGGAGCGGCUCCCCGCCGCAGUCCCCAGGAUCCAGCAUUCGAACAUUCACUCCAUUUUAUUUUCUGGUGGAGCCAGUGGAUACGCUCUCAGUUAGAGGCUCUUCUGUUAUAUUGAACUGUUCAGCAUAUUCUGAACCUUCUCCAAAAAUUGAAUGGAAAAAAGAUGGAACUUUUUUAAACUUAGUAUCAGAUGACCGACGCCAGCUUCUCUCAGAUGGGUCUUUAUUUAUCAGCAGUGUGGUGCAUUCCAAACACAACAAACCUGAUGAAGGUUAUUAUCAGUGUGUGGCCACUGUUGAGAGUCUUGGAACUAUUGUCAGCAGAACAGCCAAGCUCACAGUAGCAGGUCUUCCAAGAUUUGCCAGCCAACCAGAACCUUCUUCUGUUUAUGCUGGGAACAGUGCCAUUCUGAAUUGUGAAGUUAAUGUAGAUAUGGUCCCGUUUGUGAGGUGGGAACAGAACAGACAGCCUCUUCUUCUGGAUGAUAGAGUUAUCAAACUUCCAAGUGGAACACUGGUUAUCAGCAACGCUACUGAAGGCGAUGGGGGACUUUAUCGCUGCAUAGUUGAAAGCAGUGGGCCACCAAAGUAUAGCGAUGAAGCUGAAUUGAAAGUUCUUCCAGAUCCUGAAUUCACUUCAAACUUGGUAUUUUUGAAACAACCUUCUUCCUUAGUCAGAGUCAUUGGUCAGAGUGCGGUGUUGCCGUGUGUUGCUUCAGGACUUCCUACUCCAACCAUUAGAUGGAUGAAAAAUGAGGAGGCGCUUGACACACAAAGCUCUGAAAAAUUGGUGUUGCUGGCAGGUGGUAGUCUGGAGAUCAGUGAUGUUACUGAGGAUGAUGCGGGGACUUACUUUUGUAUAGCUGAUAAUGGAAAUGAGACAAUUGAAGCUCAAGCAGAGUUUACAGUACAAGCCCAACCUGAAUUCCUGAAACAGCCUACUAAUACAUAUGCUCACGAAUCAAUGGAUAUUGUAUUUGAAUGUGAAGUGACUGGGAAACCAACUCCAACUGUGAAGUGGGUCAAGAAUGGGGAUAUGGUUAUUCCAAGUGAUUACUUUAAAAUUGUCAAGGAACAUAAUCUUCAAGUUUUGGGUCUGGUGAAAUCAGAUGAAGGGUUCUAUCAAUGCAUUGCGGAGAAUGAUGUUGGAAAUGCACAAGCUGGAGCCCAACUGAUAAUUCUUGAACAUGCACCAGCCACAACGGGACCACUGCCUUCAGCUCCUCGGGAUGUCGUGGCCUCCCUGGUCUCUACCCGCUUCAUCAAAUUGACGUGGCGGACACCUGCCUCAGAUCCCCAUGGAGACAACCUUACCUACUCUGUCUUCUACACCAAGGAGGGGAUUGCUAGGGAACGUGUUGAGAAUACCAGUCGCCCAGGAGAAAUGCAGGUAACCAUUCAAAACCUAAUGCCAGCGACUGUGUACAUCUUUAGAGUUAUGGCUCAAAAUAAACAUGGCUCCGGAGAGAGUUCAGCUCCACUCCGAGUAGAAACACAGCCUGAGGUUCAGCUCCCUGGCCCAGCACCUAACAUCCGAGCAUAUGCAGCUUCACCUACUUCCAUCACUGUCACCUGGGAAACACCAUUGUCUGGCAAUGGGGAAAUUCAGAAUUACAAAUUGUACUACAUGGAAAAAGGGACUGAUAAAGAACAGGAUGUUGAUGUUUCAAGUCACUUCCAUACCAUUAAUGGGUUGAAAAAAUACACAGAGUAUAGUUUCCGAGUGGUGGCUUACAACAAACAUGGUCCUGGAGUCUCCACACAAGAUGUUGCUGUUCGAACGUUGUCAGAUGUUCCCAGUGCUGCUCCUCAGAAUCUGUCCUUAGAAGUGAGAAAUUCAAAGAGUAUUGUGAUUCACUGGCAGCCACCUCCUCCAGCCACACAAAAUGGUCAGAUUACUGGCUACAAGAUUCGCUACCGAAAGGCCUCCCGAAAGAGUGAUGUCACUGAGACCUUGGUAACUGGGACACAGUUGUCUCAACUGAUUGAAGGUCUUGAUCGGGGGACUGAGUACAAUUUCCGAGUGGCUGCUCUAACAGUCAACGGCACAGGCCCGGCUACUGACUGGCUGUCUGCUGAAACUUUUGAAAGUGACUUAGAUGAAACUCGUGUUCCUGAAGUGCCUAGUUCUCUUCACGUCCGGCCACUGGUCACUAGUAUUGUAGUAAGCUGGACUCCUCCAGAGAAUCAGAACAUUGUGGUCAGAGGUUAUGCCAUUGGUUAUGGCAUUGGCAGCCCUCAUGCCCAGACCAUCAAAGUGGACUAUAAACAGCGCUAUUACACCAUUGAAAAUCUGGAUCCCAGCUCUCACUAUGUGAUAACCCUGAAAGCCUUUAACAACGUGGGUGAGGGCAUCCCCCUGUAUGAGAGCGCUGUGACCAGACCUCACACAGUGCCAGAUCCCACUCCCAUGAUGCCACCUGUGGGAGUUCAGGCUUCCAUUCUGAGUCAUGACACCAUAAGGAUCACAUGGGCGGACAACUCACUGCCCAAACACCAGAAGAUUACAGAUUCCCGGUACUACACAGUCCGAUGGAAAACCAACAUCCCAGCAAACACCAAGUACAAGAAUGCAAAUGCAACAACUUUAAGUUAUUUGGUGACUGGUUUAAAAGCAAAUACACUGUAUGAAUUCUCUGUGAUGGUGACCAAAGGUCGAAGAUCAAGCACAUGGAGUAUGACAGCCCAUGGGACCACCUUUGAAUUUGUUCCUACUUCUCCACCCAAGGAUGUGACAGUUGUGAGUAAAGAGGGAAAACCUAGGACCAUAAUUGUAAAUUGGCAACCUCCCUCAGAAGCCAAUGGCAAAAUUACAGGUUACAUCAUAUAUUAUAGUACGGAUGUGAAUGCGGAGAUACACGACUGGGUUAUUGAGCCUGUUGUGGGAAACAGGCUGACUCACCAGAUACAAGAGUUAACACUUGACACACCGUACUACUUCAAAAUCCAAGCCCGAAACUCAAAGGGCAUGGGGCCCAUGUCUGAAGCUGUCCAAUUCAGAACACCUAAAGCCUCAGGAUCUGCAGGAAAAGGAAGCCGGCUGCCAGACCUAGGAUCCGACUACAAACCUCCAAUGAGUGGUAGUAACAGCCCACAUGGAAGCCCCACCUCUCCCCUGGACAGUAGCAUGCUGCUGGUCAUCAUUGUUUCAGUUGGCGUUGUCACCAUUGUGGUGGUUGUGGUCAUUGCUGUCUUUUGCACCAGGCGCACCACCUCUCACCAGAAAAAGAAACGAGCUGCUUGCAAAUCAGUGAAUGGCUCCCACAAGUACAAAGGGAACUCCAAAGAUGUCAAACCCCCGGACCUCUGGAUCCAUCAUGAGAGACUGGAGCUGAAACCCAUCGAUAAAUCUCCAGACCCAAACCCCAUCAUGACUGAUACUCCAAUUCCUCGUAACUCUCAAGAUAUCACACCAGUUGACAAUUCCAUGGACAGCAACAUCCAUCAAAGGCGGAAUUCAUAUAGAGGGCAUGAAUCAGAGGACAGCAUGUCUACACUGGCUGGAAGGCGGGGAAUGAGACCAAAAAUGAUGAUGCCCUUUGACUCCCAGCCACCCCAGCCUGUGAUUAGUGCCCAUCCCAUCCAUCCCCUCGAUAACCCUCACCAUCAUUUCCACUCCAGCAGCCUCGCUUCUCCAGCUCGCAGUCAUCUCUACCACCCGGGCAGCCCGUGGCCCGUUGGCACAUCCCUGUCCCUUUCAGACAGGGCCAAUUCCACAGAAUCCGUUCGAAAUACCCCCAGCACUGACACCAUGCCAGCCUCCUCGUCUCAAACAUGCUGUACUGAUCACCAGGAUCCUGAAGGUGCUACCAGUUCCUCUUACUUGGCCAGCUCCCAAGAGGAAGAUUCAGGCCAGAGUCUUCCUACAGCCCACGUGCGCCCUUCCCACCCAUUGAAGAGCUUUGCUGUGCCGGCAGUCCCGCCCCCAGGCCCUCCCACCUAUGACCCCGCGCUGCCAAGCACACCAUUACUCUCCCAGCAAGCUCUGAACCAUCACAUUCACUCGGUGAAGACGGCCUCCAUUGGGACUUUGGGAAGGAGCCGGCCUCCUAUGCCAGUAGUGGUGCCCAGUGCCCCUGACGUGCAGGAGACCACAAGGAUGCUGGAAGACUCUGAGAGUAGCUAUGAACCAGAUGAGCUGACCAAAGAGAUGGCCCACCUGGAAGGACUAAUGAAGGACCUAAACGCCAUCACGACAGCAUGAGACCUUCCCCAGGACCUGACUGCAGACCUGGGUCUAGAAGUCUUGGGAUAGAGCCUGGAAAGUGAGGAUUGUAGAGAGCACGCGAGGACAGCACCUAAGAGCACGGAGCGAGCGAGCCGCCCGGCCGGCGUUCUGCAUGGGCCCGGCUCCAAGCAUGGCCCCCCGCCUUCUGCUCGCUGGCCUGGAAGAAGCCCGUGUCGGGGUGGCUUCCCUUUGCCUGCUGAUACCCUGCAGGACUGGGCACCAUGGGCCAAAAUUUUGUGUCCGGGGAAGAGGCAAGAAGUGCACCCUACAUUUCACUUUGUGGCCAGGCUGUGUCUUCGUGCUGCAACUGCAUCGCCUUUAUGGAGUGUAGACAUUGGCAUUUACGUACAGUUUUAUUUGUGUCCUAUUUUAUUUUACCUUCGAAAGAAAAACACUAUCAAAAACCAAGGGAGUCCAUGGUGUUCUCCACAAGUGGUUGACAUUUGACUACUUGUUUGAAUUCUGUAUGGAAAGUCGUUGACAGUGUGGGUUGUCCCAGGGGUUGGCUUGUUUUUUGUUUUUAUUUUUGAAUUCUGCGUCAUUGCAUCCUCUACCAGCUGUUAAUUCAUCACUUUGAGGGGGGAGGAAAUGUUGCAUUGCUGUUUGUAAGCUUUUUUAUUAUUUUUUUAUUAUAAUUAUUAAAGGCCUGACUUUCUCCUCU